CAUUGCAUGGAACUUCCAUACCCAACCCUUUUUUAACCUGACCCUCGUGGGUUUGUAUUUUCCCUGAUCUCACAGCCCCACUCAACUUUUCUAGAGGCUGUACCGUAUCCACACAUCCCGCCGACUCGUGCGUGGCUUGCGCUGUUGCAGCUCGUCACCUUGCACACAUUCGCUCGACUUGACCUAGCCGUGAUCCUAAAUAAAGGCGUUCCAUCUCCUCCAAUUUAUUCUUCUUUUCCUUCUAGUUCCCCUUCUUGGCAUAUCACCAGUCAAUUCCCAUUUUGUCCCUCCCAUGCUGCUUUGCAGCAAAUCACAACCACUUAUACGACACAAUACGUUAUCAUGCCGUCCUUCAAACCCUUCGCUUCAGUGACGGGGCGGAACUCAUAUAGUCUUUUCGAUAUUCGGUAUGAUUAUGCUCAGCCAUAACUGAACUGAGAUUGCCUACUAACUGCGCCUAAUGUUCAGCCUAGACAGCGAUUUUAUCGUCUUCCGUGGAAGUGACCAUGAAUCAUCUGGUCAAGUUCUCAAAGGCACAUUAGUCUUAUGUCUACAAACAUCCCUGAAAAUCGAAGAUGUUAGGCUGCGACUUGUAGGAACUCUGCGCCAUACCUGGGCUGACCCCAGAGGAAGCGCUCCCGGUGUUUCGGGCCAAAAGGUUGACAAGACGCAAACGAUACUCGAGCACCGAUGGGCGCCUUUUGUCGGCACGCACGGCAAGAGCAUGACGCUCCCCGCCGGGAACUACGAAUGGCCUUUCGAAUACAUGCUUCCUGGCAACAUGGCUGAGAGUGUUGAGGGCAUUCCCGAAGCAUCCAUCACAUACAGACUUAGGGCAACCGUCGGACGCGGAAAGCUUGCAUACGAUCUGCACGCCAACAAGCACCUUCGAAUCAUCCGAACAUUAGAGCCAGGCGCCUUGGAAUUCCUCCAUGCCAUGAGUGUUGAAAACAUCUGGCCCAACAAGGUUGACUACUCGAUUAUCAUCCCCCAAAAGGCCGUAGUGUUUGGCGGCUUGGUCACAAUGGAGAUGCGAUUCACACCCCUUCUCAAAGGACUCGAGUUGGGCGAUAUCACGGCAAGGUUGAUGGAGGUUCGCGAGUGUUAUGUUCAAGGAUCUGGCUCAGGUUACGGCACUAAAGAGCACCGAACAGAGCGUGAGGUCUCAAUGUGGAAGUUUGAGGUUUCGAGAGAAGAGCACUGGCAAGAUAUGAUUGAGGAUACUGGACAAGAAGGGUGGGCGGUGACCAAAAAGCUGAAUCUGCCCAAGAGACUGCGCCAGUGCGUUCAAGAUCUGAACCACCACGGUAUCAAGGUCCGUCACAAAAUUAAGUUGACCGUUGCGCUUUGCAAUCCCGAUGGUCAUAUUUCUGAGCUUCGAGCAACACUUCCUGUGUCAAUUUUUAUCUCACCCAACAUGCCUCUUGAUGAAGAAGGUAACCUCGUCGACCAGUCACCAACGACACCCAACAACGAGCGAGAACUUUCGACGAUUGCUCCCCCAGGAUAUGGCGAGCAUGUUCUUGACCAGUUGUAUGAGGACGUUGACGUUAGUGGCUUCCAGACGCCCGGCUUUCAGUCAGGCGUUAGCAGUCCCUUCUAUGCCCAGUCACGAGCAGGCUCGAAUGAAAAUCUCGCAGCACUCGCCCACAGCCGACCUGUUGCUCCCGCGGCACUUUCGUCUCGACUGGCCGAUGUAUCGCUGGACCCUUCUCGAAGAACAACCUCCUCCACCUCUCUGGGCUCGCUAGGCACGCCUGGCUUCAUGUCCCCCACGUCUGCACCCCAAGGCCCGGCUCCGCGAUCGGAACCCGCAACCGCAGCACUUACCAGAAGCAACAGUUCCGAGGACUCGUCACGCAACUCUGCCGAACACAUUGAUCUCGAUGUCUCCGACUUGACUGAACUCAACAAGGUCCCUAGCUAUCAGACGGCUGUCAAAACCCCAGCUCGCUCACGCGCUGGUACUGGAGACCUGCUUCUGCCAGAUUAUCAAACGGCGCUUAGCGCUCCCAGGACGCCGCCUGCUACAGAUCACCCAGCAGAUCCUCUGGGCACAAUUUCAGAGGAUCAAGAUGGCGAGGAUCAUACUCAGCAUAUUUCGCGCCCUUCCAGCUGGAUUGGUAGUGGCCGCGCUUAUACGGAUGAUGCCUCAAUCUACCGAAGGAUGCAUCCCUCGCAGAACCGAAACCAAGUUGUCUAGAUGGGCAGCUUGACCUCCUUUUUGUUUCUUUGUAUUUACAUGGUCAUCACUUGAUUGGAAAUGUUUCAUAAGCCUCACAGGACUUGGCGGCGUUUAUGUGUUAUCAACUAUGGGAGGCAUCGAAUCAUGGGAAUUAUAGACAAGGCGUACUUUUGGUGACGAG